AUGAACUUGAAGAACAAAGAAGCUGUCUACAAGUUAGCCGCUGCAGCCGGUAUCCUGGUUGUGACAUUCUGGGUACUUGUACAGGGCGCGUCGUUCUCGAGCGGCGGGUCCGGACUGAAAAUAAAGAGCAAUGUUGUGAGCAAAGACGGGCUCAAAUAUCGGACGGUGAACACGGAUGGCCCCUACACGGGCCCCAAGGAGAAGGCCACAUUCGUGACGUUGGUGCGCAACCGGGACCUGUACUCGCUGAUCGGGUCGAUUGCGAGCAUUGAGGACCGGUUCAACCGGAAAUUCCACUACGACUGGUUGUUUUUGAAUGACGAGGAAUUCGACGAGGAGUUUAUCCGGGUGACCACCGCGAUGGUCAGUGGUACUACUAAGUACGGACUGGUGCCCAAAGAGCACUGGUCGUACCCGGAGUGGAUCGACAAGAAGAAGGCUGCGGAAGUUCGCGAGGAAAUGGGCAAGAAGGGGAUCAUUUACGGGGACUCGGAGUCGUAUCGACACAUGUGCCGGUUUGAGUCUGGAUUUUUCUACCGCCAAAAGGAACUGGACGAUUACGACUGGUACUGGCGUGUGGAGCCCGACACGCGGAUCCACUGUGACAUCAACUACGAUGUUUUCAAGUUUAUGCGCGACAACAACAAGAAGUACGGGUUCACGAUCUCGAUCCGCGAGUACCCGGCCACGAUCGAGACGCUGUGGAAGACCACGCGUGAGUUCAUGGACAAAUACCCCCAGCACUUGCAUCCAAACAACAUGCUGGACUUCAUCUCGGACGACCAGGGUGCCUCGUACAACCUGUGCCAUUUCUGGUCUAAUUUCGAAAUUGGGUGGCUAGACUUGUGGCGUGGCGACGCGUACUCCGCGUACUUUGACUACUUGGACCAAGCAGGAGGGUUUUUCUACGAACGGUGGGGGGACGCUCCCGUGCACUCGAUCGCGGCCGCGUUGUUGUUGGACCGGUCCGAGAUCCACCAUUUCGGCGACGUGGGCUACUACCACGUGCCUUUCCACUCCUGUCCGAUCGACGACGCGGUGCGCUUGGGGAACCGGUGCGCAUGCAACCCGCAAGAGGACUUUACGUGGCGCGGGUACUCGUGCACGACCAAGUUCUACACCGUGAACGACAUGAAGAAGCCCACCAACUGGAUGCAAUACACGGAUUAG